GGCCCGAUUGAUUGGCACGCCAAGAUGUUUUCCGCGAAACCUGCACGUUUCACCAGCAUUCCGUUGCUGGUUUCAGCGGGUGUGACUGUGAUAUUGUUCCAAGCGCCGGAGUUGAUGAGCCGACAUCAUCAGAGAUUGAGGCAUGAUUCCGUGGCUUACAAAUAUUCGCCCAGGCAUCGCCCUGUCGCGUGGAAUCAGCACCCAGAUGGAAGUUGUCGUUCUUGCAUGAACUCUGGUCGACUUUUCUCUAGCCUGAUCUGUGGCCCGAUCAGAGUGUCGCCGUUAUAUGCGGCGAACAAUUGUCAGAGGCCAAAUCCACUAAUCGUCGGAGGACUGCAGGCAAAAGACGAGGAUUUUCAUUUCAUGGCCGUAAUCAAAACGUUCAACCAGUUCCAUUGCGGAGGAAGUUUGAUCACGACGAAGCACGUGCUGACAGCCAGACAUUGCGUUGUGCACAAAGAACUACACUUAUCUACUUUGAUACCUUCCAGCCAGAUUGAGGUUAUUCUGGGAGAACGUGACCGGAGUGUUUACGAAGGGUAUGAGCAAGACAAAGCCGUUUCUGCGGUGUUUGUGCAUGAAAGAGGGAAUGCCGAUAAACCCAAUUCAUAUGACGUGGCGGUCAUCGAACUACAAUCGCAUGCUGUCCUCGGUCAUUACGCAGACUCAAAGCGGUGUUUGGUGGUUGGCUGGGGAGCAACAGACGGAGACACACAUCAACACUAUCCUGAUAAACUGAGAUUCGCUGUAGUACCGAUUGUAGGAUUUUCCGAGUGCCAGGCUGCGUAUCCCGGACUCAUUGACCACUCUAUGCUUUGUGCUGGUUUGCCUCAGGGUGGACCCGAUUCAUGCACCGGGGACAGCGGAGGCCCAUUGUUGUGCAUGGACACCAGGAACAACCUGGUGCAAGUUGGCAUUGUUUCAUGGGGAGGAAAGCAUUGUGGAGCCCCCGGAUACUUCGGAGUUUACGUCAGAUUGACUUCCGUUAUGCCCUGGAUUCGAGACGUGGCUGGGGUACCUUGGUAGUCGGCAAAUUACUGUACCUCUGAUGCGAAUGAAGUACUGAUGGAGGCAACGCUGAAAAUUGAUUUUUCCGAAAUUUUGCGGAAACGUAUUUUUUUCCUUUAGCUGAUUUAGCUCUACAUAGAUCUUGAUUUAUUGGCAUGCAUAUAAAUGAAUGAAAGUUGACCGCUUUUGCUGGUGAUCUUAGCGAGAAAUGUAUUCACUUUAAACCCAGUUUUUAAAUGUGAACAUUUCCUCAGUACACCCUUUUUAAAACGUCUUCUGUAUAUUGAAAGUAAUUGAAACAGCAAUAUUCUGCCUUCACACAUUUUCCAGCAGUGUUCAUAUUGAUAUAAUAGAAUCUGGAUAUCCCUCGAAAGAAAUAACACAACACAGAACUUGAAUUCUGCUGAAAACCUUGCUAAAUUAUGCUUUAAAAAAUUGGAAGGUACGUGUCAACUGAACCACUAAGAAAACACUUGUUUUUUAGUAUAGCAUUCGUCUUCUGAACCGUUUUUUUCUCUGACGAUGGCUUCCGUUAAAAAUGACUUUGCUUGUCUUGAUAAUAUCAAUCUUUUGCAAUACAACCCAAAUUUAUACCAAGAGGUAAUCCAAAUCGACGCAUAAUGCUUUUUAAGAUCAAAUGCUCUUCAAAUUCAAAGAAUAUAUCUACAGUAUUCACAAAUCAUAGUUGGAAUAAAUUCAGUUUCAUGCGUCAAUUUUCUCAUGAACCAUAUGGAACAUUUUUUCGGAAAGUUAUCAGCCAAACUAACUAAAACGAUUCACCAAAGGAUACAAAUGAUUUAUGAAAAUGUUAACUCGGGCAGUAAUUAUGCGUCCUGUUAUUAUAGAAAAUAAAUGAUGG